AUGGUCACUUUUCAUAAUGUGUGUUCCGUACCCAGCUCCUUCCGGCUCAUUGGCAUCCCAGGGCUGGAGUCCCUGCACAUCUGGUUGUCCAUCCCCUUUGGCUCCAUGUACCUGGUGGCUGUGGUGGGAAAUUUUACCAUUCUGGCUGUGGUAAGGGUAGAGCGUAGCCUGCACCAGCCCAUGUACUUCUUCCUGUGCAUGUUGGCUGUCAUUGAUUUGGUUCUGUCUACUUCCACUAUGCCCAAACUUCUGGGAAUCUUUUGGUUUGGUGCUGGUGACAUUGGCCUGGAUGCUUGCUUGACCCAAAUGUUUCUAAUACACUGCUUUGCUACUGUUGAGUCAGGCAUCUUCCUUGCCAUGGCUUUUGACCGCUAUGUAGCCAUUUGUGACCCCCUGCAUCAUAUGACAGUGCUCACAAAUGCAGUGGUGGGGCGUUUAGGGCUUGCUGCCCUCCUCCGGGGGGUAGUCUAUAUUGGACCCCUGCCUCUAAUGCUCCGUCUGCGGUUGCCCCUUUACAAAGCUCAUGUGAUCUCCCACUCCUACUGUGAACAUAUGGCUGUGGUCACCUUGGCCUGUGGUGACAGCAGGAUCAACAAUAUUUAUGGGCUAAGCAUUGGUUUUCUGGUGCUGAUUCUGGACUCGAUGGGCAUCGCAGCCUCCUAUGUGAUGAUUUUCAGGACUGUGAUGGGGCUGGCUACUCCUGAGGCCAGGCUAAAAACCCUAGGAACAUGCGGUUCUCACAUUUGUGCCAUCCUGAUCUUCUAUGUUCCCAUUGCUGUUUCUUCCCUCAUUCACCGAUUUGGUCACCAAGUACCUCCUCCAAUCCAUACACUGCUGGCCAACUUCUAUCUCCUCAUUCCCCCAAUCCUCAAUCCCAUUGUCUAUGCUGUUCGGACCAAGCAGAUCCGAGAGAGGCUCCUCCAAAUUAUGAAGUUGGAAACUAAGACUGGAUGA